UUAACGCUACAUUUCUGUCGCCAUUUCAUUCACUCCACAAAACCGCAACCAAUACCACUCUCCGAGUCUCCGCCGUCGCAACUUGCCACACAACCGCCAAAUCUCUCAAAAAGCACCCAACUUUAUCCCCGGAAGAUUGUUUUUGUUUUUUUUUUUCCUUCUGCGUUUUCCGUUCUCAAGAUUCUUUCUUUGAAGCCGGAGUUGAUAAUAUAUUAUUGGUGGAGAAAUGGAGAGAGAUUUCAUGGGCUUGACUGUAAAACAGGAGAUUCCUGAAGAACCAACAGAUCCAGUUAGGUCACAACUCACAUGGUGGAUUUAGCCGAUGCACACCCUCAAGUAGUGAAAGCUGAAAUAGGGAUUGGUCAUUUUAGUUAUAAUAGCAGUCCAAAGUUCCACAAUGCGACGAUCAUUGUCAAACAAGAUGUCUGCUCCUCUUCACUACCAUGCAUCAACUGGACCAGUAAUCAUAACAAGUGCAGAAACUGUUGAUUAUAGUCUGAAACCAUAUUCAGGAGUUCCACAGAAAAAUAUGGUUCUUGAGAAACUGGGGGGAAUCCAUUAUGCACACUCGGUUCAGCACUCGUUUAUUUCUCCUUCUGGACAGAACCAGCAGCUCGGUUUUGUUCAGAAUCCCGUGUCUGUGGUUCCUGCUAGUGGUGCUGUAGUGGGCACUACUGAAUUACGGAAUGAUUCUCAUGCCUCGAAUGCUCCUGCUCAGUUGACCAUAUUUUAUGCUGGUUCGGUGUCUGUUUACUCCAAUAUAUCUCCCGAAAAGGCUCAAGCUAUUAUGUUGUUGGCGGGGAAUGGGACUCCUAACGCUUUUGGCCCAAAACCUGCUGCUUCUCCAGCUCAAGGAGCGGUUUUACCAAGGCUUCCCAUCAUUGACGGUUUUGCUGUAAAUCGAGACAAUAUCAGAGCAGCGUGUUUUUCAUGUCCCAUUUCUAUAACACCCUACACCAUUCCACAGUCUGCUGCAGGAUCGGGUAGCUCUCAGGAAGCUCCAUCAGCAGUGCCUCUAGCUCGCAAGGCUUCUUUGGCUCGGUUCCUUGAGAAGCGCAAGGAAAGGGUAAUCAGAGCAUCUCCUUAUGCAAACAAGCACUCUCCGGAAUGCGACAGUCUUGGAUCUGCCAGCAUAACUUAUCCCGCAAAUUCAUUGAGCUCGUUUCCCCUGGGCGCUGCAAAUUAGUUUGGAGACUGAAAGCGCGUAAAACAGCCCAGCCCCUUCAUUAAUACUGGUUGAAGGGCUCCUUUAGCUGUAACCAUUGUAUUGUUGAUGACCUAAGCUCUAGAUAUCUGAUAGAUAUAUGAAGCUGGUCCUUUAUUUUUGUGGGUUCCAAUUGUGUUGCAGAACUUCUCAACCCCACCCCACUAUCACUUCUGUCUGUAAAAAUUUUCAUGUACUGUACUAACUGUAAUGUGGUGUUGCUUUCUGAACCAGAUAUAUUGGUGCUGGCACUUGGCAAUUUGUAUAUUGUAGCUAACACCAUCUUGCUCUUGUAUUAUUAGUCUGUAAAGUGCAUUCUAAAAUUAUUAUUAAAUGACACUCUGUAUCAUAUUACUUUAUGGGUCAAAA